CAGGGAUCGCUAUCACUGGAAGCACCAUGUGCACGGUGAUCUGCAAACCUACAUUUGCACGUUCUAGAGUUGUCUGGCAAUGCCCUUCCUGACUUCUCAUGAAUGGUUCAAACAUGAAUUAGACGAACACCGUCGCCAGUGGAAUUGUAAUCUUUGCAACGCAAAGUGCAGCUCUGCUUCAGAUAUGGGCUUCCAUCUCGUCUCUGUGCACCCAGGGUCCACGAACGCCCGACAGAGAGAGGCCAUGGUGAAAACCCUGGAAAAGCCUCUCAGCAAUUUUGUUGAAGGCUCAUGUCUGCUGUGCGAUGACUGGAGUCCGCUAGGCAGGCUGGAGAAUAACUCUAACAAAUUUCGGUCGCAUCUCGCUAAGCACUUUCAAGUACUGGCCUGCGAGGCAAUCCCCUUGACCAUCGAAGGUCUUGAGAUUAAGGACACCAUCGAUGAAGGAGAUGCCACACUCAGCGAACAUGACGAUGAUAGUGAAACAAGUGUUGGCGCGAGUAGUCAAUCGCUUUUGUUUACUGGGAAGUUCACUGGUAACGGCAUGCUUGAAUGUGUUCUUCCUGCACGCGAUAGCGGCAAUAUUUUUCGGUAUACCGUGCUUAGUGAACAAGACCUGGCCUCACACCUCCGAGACUGCCACGCUGAGGUUGCAACGAGUGAAUGGGUAAGCAUAUAUGUGUGCCAGAAAUGCCAUCAAAUCCCCCAUGGCGCUCAGUGCGACUGUAGUGGAUCGAUGGGGAGCAUUGAUGUAUGAUGGUGUAUUCACGGGGGAAAGGACAUCCACACCCUGGCAAGGCACACGCAGAAUGCUUUGGUAUUUAUAGAUGACGAGUUACGGCGUGUAUACGAACCGAUUCGAAAAGACAUUGCCCGAAGUGAAAUGGAUGAGUUACGGCAGCGAUUUAUGUCGGAUCGACAAGCUGAACGAACUGCUCCCAUUGACGAUGAGACCAGAAAGGACGUCUUAAUUUUCGUAGAUGCGAUCGGAAGGAAAUUUCGCUUUCCAUUUCACUUAACUGCCAGUUUGGAGGUAAGUUGGGUUCCGAGGCUUGUGAGUGAAAGAGAAAAGCCUAACCCUUUGC